UCUUUCUUCACUUUCGAAACUAGAGAAAGAAUAAAAGAUAAAAGCUUGGCUAGGGUUCGGCCAUUGUUGAACUAGAUUGAGAUCAAGAAACCAAGAAAUUGGAUUUAGAUCGGGGGAAAUCAAAGGUAGUUGAGUAGCCGAUCUAUUUGUCGACGACAUCCGAGAUUUUGGAGAUCCCUACAUGUUCGGGUAUCGUCAGCUAAGCUCAUCACACUAUCGGUGUCUCCUUUUGGUAUUUUGUAAUGGACCCCGAUCGAACUGUAGCGGAUGAUGUCGAGAGUGUAGCCCCUGCUUCCGUGCAAGGGAUGGAUCCGGUUGAUUCUUGACCGAAUACAAGUAACCAUGGUGAUGGGACUAAAUAAGCCUUUUAUACUAUGAUGAAUGAAUGGUUUACUCAAUAUAUCUGGACAAAUCCAGCUGUUCAACAACCUCUGACCCCGAUUAACCCAUUUCCAAUGCCUGUGGUACCUCCGACUAUCGAUCUUAUGAGAUUGAAUAAACCCCCAGUUGAUAAACUAAGAAAAUAUGGACCUGAAGAAUUUAGGGCCACUGCUAGUGAUGAUGCGGAAUGGACUGAAUUUUGGCUCGAUAAUACCAUUUGUGUCUUCGAUGAAUUAUCCUGUACGCCUGAUGAGUGCCUGAAAUGUGCUAUAUCUUUGUUACGAGAUUCAGCUUACUAUUGGUGGAACACUCUAGUUUCGGUUGUUCCGAAAGAACGUGUCAUUUGGGAUUUCUUUCAAACAGAAUUUUAUAAAAAGUAUAUCAGUCAGCGAUUCAUUGAUCAGAAAUGCAAAGAAUUUUUCGAGCUAAAACAGGGUCGUAUGACCAUAUCUGAUUAUGAGCGCGAGUUUGUGAGACUCAGCCGAUAUGCCCGAGAGUGUGUUGCGACCGAGACUGCUAUGUGUAAAAGAUUCGAGAAAGGGCUGAACGAAGACAUAAAAUUGCUUGUCGGCAUACUCGAAAUAAAAGAGUUCGUUGUUAUUGUCGAGCGAGCUUGCAAGGCUGAAGAACUCAGUAAAGAGAAAAGAAAAGCUGGGUUUGAAGCUAGUGACUUCCGCAAGAGAUCAGCUAGUAAAACUUUUCAGACGGCAACGAAGAAGUUCAAAGAUGUUAGUAGCCGAUCUAAGGCUACUGCCGGGCUUUCUAUACAAGAACGACCACCAAUGAGUUCAAGAGCCACCUCAGUUGCUAGUGUUGGUAAGACCCGACCGAAUAAACCUGAGUGCCAACAGUGUGGGAGGAAACAUGUUGGUGAGUGCUGGGGCAAGUACAACAAUCGAGUUUGCUAUAAAUGUGGCUCGAAAGAUCAUUUUAUUCGGGAGUGCCCAGAGUUUGUAGAUCGAAAUUUGGCUCAGAAUACGAAAUCUGGAAACACAGCCACUCGAGGUAGACCACCUAGGAAUACGGGUAAUAUGAGUGGAAGUCAGAGAGGUAUUAAAGAUGCAUCUGUUAGAUCUGAGGCUUACGCACCUGCCAGAGCUUAUGCCAUUCGAGCACGUGAGGAGACGUCAUCCCCAGACGUCAUUACUGGUAUUUUUACUCUUUAUGAUACUAGUGUUAUUGCAUUGAUUGAUCCUGGUUUGACUCAUUCUUAUGUGUGUGAGACUUUAGUAUCCAGUAAAACAUUUCCUGUUGAGUCUACUAAGCUUGUAAUUAAAGUAUCGAACCCCCUGGGUCGGUGUGUUUUAGUUGACAAAGUGUGUAAGAAUUGUCCGUUGAUGAUUCGAGAUUUAUGUUUUCCGGCUGAUUUGAUGUUAUUGCCAUUCGAUGAGUUUGAUAUAAUUCUGGGUAUGGAUUGGUUAACCCUACAUGAUGCUAUUGUAAACUGCAAACGGAAAACUAUUGAUCUACGGUGUUAGAACGAUGAGAUUGUUCGAAUUUAAUCAAAUGAUCUAAAUGGUUUACCAGCAGUAAUAUCCUCAAUGUUGGCUCAGAAGUAUGUGAGAAAAGGUUGUGAAGCUUACCUUGCAUUUGUUCUUGAUAGUAAAGUCACCGAAAAGAAGAUUGAAUCCGUGCCAGUUGUGUAUGAGUAUUCAGAUAUGUUUCCCGAAGAAUUGUCGGGUUUGCCACCUAUUCGAAAGGUAGAGUUUGGUAUUGAGUUAGACCAGGGACAACUCCGAUUUCGAUAGCU